AUGACGCGCCGCAGGAGCGAGGCCUUCGGCUCAAAGCCAGUCCUGCUCCUCCUCCACGGUGCAGGCAGCUCCGCCGCCAUCUUCCGGAUCCAGACACACUUCCUCGCAAAGGCACUCAGCCCCUACUUUGACCUGGUCUACGUGGACGCCCCGAUCCGGAGUGCCCCAGGCCCAGGGAUCCUGCCCUAUUUCCAGGGCAUGGAUGCUUACUACCGAUGGUUUGGUGCCGGAAUCGAGAAGAACAUAGCCGCCAGCAAGAACACACAAGACCCGGAUUGUUUCCUUUCACCAGAGACUGCGGCUUCCUCACGUCGCCCGUCCGCCACAGAACACAAACGCAGGGGUUCAUCAUCUGCCAGAGCCCGCGGGACCGGUCGGCGGGGUGUCUCACCAGCCGCGGCCGUCAGCGCCGCAGCGUCACUGGGGUUGAGCCUCCCGCGCGGCGCCGAGGGCCUGAGCCGCGGUUUCACGGGCCUGCUCGACAUCGCGAACCAGAGCAUCCCCCAGCAGCUCGAGUCGCAGGGGGUCCGCAGCCGGGACGUCGUGGGCGUGGUCGGCUUCUCGCAGGGCGCACUUGCCGCUCUGGGCCUGCUGGGGGUCGAGUUGGCGAUCGGCUCGCCGCAGUGGAGCAAUCUGCGCUUCUGCGUGGCCAUGGGCGGCGCGACGGGAGGCGGGGCCGCGCAGGCUGCCGUUGCCGCCAUGAUGUCUGCUGCAAACACGCUUGGCGGCAGCAAGAAAAUCGCACCUUCAAAUGCCUCAGCUGCAGUAGACUUCGAUGCGGGUGCAGAAGGUCAGUUGUUCCCAGGCCACACGGUCCACGUCAUCGGACGCUGCGACCCGUGGGUCAAGGACAGCCGGCAGAUCGCGGGCAUGUGUAAUCCGCGGCGGACCAAGGUUGUGGAAUUUGAGGGAGGACAUUGGGUCCCGCGGGAGAAACAGGACAUCGCGCGCGUGGUAGACCUGAUCCUCGAGGCGGAGCUGGACAGCCGGCGCGAAGCGGAUGACUCGUCCAGUUCCUCCUCCGAGGACGAGGUUGAGGUGCUGAUGAGCAGACUGGAUGCCGUCUCGGUCAGAUCCUGA